CUCCAUAGAACUGGAGAAGACCUGUGAGCCACCUCCACCAUCUUAAGUUUGCCUUACUUAAUCUUCUAUCCCCAAGCUCGAUCCUGUGCCGUCUCUCUGCCUCCCUCUCCCGCUCCCUCUCCCUCUCCCGUUCCCGCUCGCUGUAGCUGGGUGUCGAAGUAGGCAGACGAUGGCGCGCCCGAGCACUAGUGUGUUGCUGGCCAUCGGGCUGGUUUGCGUUGCCCUCUGCGCCGCGAUCCCAUCCGUCCAUGGUCUCCGCCGCCUGACAUCGGGGUGUGGCGGUUGUCCGUCGUCCUGCGAGACGGCGCUGAAGGGCUGCGAUUUCUACUUCUAUGGUCACGAGAACAGCGUGCCGAAGAUCAAGCUCAUCCGAAAGGGAGACAAUACUAUCUACGUCCGAUGCGGUCAUAUUCUGCACCGGGUUGGGUACGACACCCGCCCAGUGAAGGUUGUGAACUCGGCCAACUGCGCGAUUCUCAAGGGGCAGACGUGGAACACGAAUGCGUGCCAACAUCGGCUGUACGGCAAUGGCAGGCACCUCGCGUCUCGCGAGUUCAACGUCGGCAAUCCCAGCGACUUCUUGAACGCGUGCAUCAAGGUCCAGAUCAGCGCGGCGCAGUACGAGGACGGAGGAAACUUCAACAACGGGCACAAGAACCCUAGGGCCUGCAUCGUCGUGAAGACGGAAAAGACCUUCGGGUAACUGCAGUGGAUCGGCCGCCGGCCGGGACUCGAGAGAAGAAUAUUUAGUUACGCAAAUCAUACUCUAGAAGACGCUUCCAAAAAGGGGAAACAAAAAACAAACUAGAAG